AUGAAAGAUCUCAUGAAGACAGUUGAUCAAGAUAAACACCGUCGAAAAGCGGAAUCGGUCUUUGCUCAAACACAAACCUGGGAGCAGUUGCUGUACGUAAAAAUCAAGUUACAAGCAGCGCUACGAGCCUUCAACCAAUUACCUCGCGGACAGCUUGCAAAAGAUUUAUUAAAAGAAGCGGAUGAAGAAACGAAAGCUAAAUUUGAAAACUGCUCGCGAAAAAGUGGCAACUUGUUUCCAAUUUGUUGGAAGCCGAACACUGCUGUUGGCGGCAUCUUCUUUCACCAGUUCCAUAGAGCUGUGGAUUCCGACGACGAAGAAAUAGAGAGUAGCGACGACGAAACCGCUGCGGCUGCAGCUGGCAGCGAUAUCGAGUCAGUUUCCUCUCAUCAACCUCAUGAAUCUCGUUCAAUCAUUGGAAGUACUCAAGUGUGGAUAUUUAGGGACGAGGAGGAAGAAGAACGAGAACAAGAACAAGAACAAGUCCAACAUGCAACAUCCAUGAGUAUGAAAUCGUUGAGCAAGCGGAUAUGUGAGAGUGAAGAGCAAUUUGCGAAGUUCAGAGAUUCGACGUUAGUCAAGUGGGAAGGGCGCACACGGUUGAUAGCUUCUCGGCGGCCGAAAAAUGCCAGCACCGAUUUUUCUGCUUUCGAAAAAGAAAACAUCGUGUGUUCUGAUAAGCAGCGUCUGGUGAAACGGUCUCGCGUAAAAAAGUCCGAUAUAUCGAGCGGAUUGGAGGUAAUCCUGAGGCCUGAAGAGGAUGAAAACUUCGACAUGAUGAUUUUCUAUCAGGUUCUUCUGAAAGAAUUGAUAAGCAAGAAAUCAAACAAUACUCAGGAUCCAGUUGCAAUGACAAGACAUUAUAUUGAAAUGCAGAAAUUGAAAAGCAAACGUGCUAGAAGAAAGGAGAUAGACAACCGUGCUUCCAAAGAUAGGAAAAUCAAGCAACUUGUGAAUUUCCAUCCAGCAAUGCCAGAAAUGGUAGAGUGGAGUCAUGAAACACGGAACGAACUCUUUAAAUCUUUAUUUUCC